GCUCAACCUUUGUCGUUUCUGUUGGGCGCCAUUUUGGGAGAAGUUUCAGAAAACAAGCUGCGGUGACUUUUCUCUGACAGAUUAAUUACAUUUAAAUAAAAACUCGUUGAUAUAACGUUCGCGUGGCAAAAGCCAUUUCAGUUUAUUGAAAAUGGCGACUGGAGCAAACGCAACCCCCCUUGGUAAGCUUCACCCUAGCAUCGGUGCUAAGCGAGGCUUUGACGCCGGGCCUGGUGCGGGCAACGGGCUGAUGCCGACUCCUGGACCGCCCGGAUCGUUUCCGUCUCUGCAGGGUUACCAACCUUCCAUGCCAACCACACCAUUUCCUCAACCACAUCAGUUCAACCCAGGGGCAGGUUAUUCGACCCUGGUUCAACAGCAGUCAGUUGUAGGAUCCGGAAUGUCUGCGGAUUUCGGCCAGAAGAAAACUAGGAAGAGGAGUCGAUGGAGCAGUGAGACCCCUGAUCAGAAGACUGUUAUACCGGGGAUGCCCACUGUUAUUCCCCCUGGACUCACGCGAGAUCAGGAGAGGGCGUAUAUAGUCCAACUGCAGAUUGAAGACCUGACUCGUAAACUGCGUACAGGAGACCUGGGAAUCCCUGUUAACCCUGAGGACAGGUCUCCCUCUCCAGAGCCCAUCUAUAACAGCGAGGGUAAAAGGCUAAACACUCGUGAGUAUCGCACCCGGAAGAAGGUUGAAGAGGAGCGUCACUCCCUUAUCACCGAAAUGAUCGGUCUCAACCCCGACUUCAAGCCUCCUGCAGACUACAAGCCACCAGCUACCAGAGUCAGUGACAAAGUGAUGAUUCCUCAAGACGAAUACCCAGAAAUCAACUUUGUAGGUCUGCUGAUUGGACCUCGUGGUAAUACGUUAAAGAACAUUGAGAAGGAAUGCUGUGCUAAGAUCAUGAUCAGAGGAAAAGGUUCCGUGAAAGAAGGGAAGGUUGGCCGAAAGGAUGGACAGAUGCUGCCGGGAGAGGACGAGCCUCUGCACGCUCUGGUCACCGCAAACACGAUGGAGAACGUUAAGAAGGCCGUGGAACAGAUUCGCAACAUUCUGAAGCAGGGCAUUGAGACGCCCGAGGAUCAGAACGACCUUCGGAAGAUGCAGCUGAGAGAGCUGGCCAGGCUCAACGGAACCCUGAGAGAAGAUGAUAACAGGAUCCUCCGUCCUUGGCAGAACUCUGAGCCACGCAGCAUCACCAACACCACCCUCUGUACCAAGUGUGGUGGAGCAGGCCACAUCUCCUCAGACUGCAAAUACACCAGCACAUUUGCUGGCCAGAGGGCAGCAGGUGGGGAGCCCCCUCAGUCAGCCCAGGACAAAGCUCGAAUGGACAAGGAGUACCUGUCUCUCAUGGCUGAGCUGGGGGAAGCCCCAGUGCCCACCUCUGGAGGACACACUAGCACUCAGGGCGGGGCUCCUCGAGCAUCUGGCCCCAAUAAUAACCAACAACCUCCGAGCCGACCUCCCUGGAUGACAUCUGGUCCUACAGAUAACAGGAACUUUCAAGGGAUGCAUGGAGGGCCAACUGGGCCUGGAGGUCCCCACAACUUCCCUCCCCCUAUGCCCAACAUGGGUGGACCACCCAUGCCCCCAAACCCUAAUGGCUUACCUCCACCUUGGAUGCAGCCCCCUCCACCUCCAAUGGGCCAGGGACCUGGACCUCAUGGACAUCCAAUGAGUCUGAUGCCACCUCCAAUGAGCAUGAUGCCACCUCCACCUCCUCCCCCCAGCAGCCAGCCCCCUCCUCCACCUUCUGCUCCACUGCCACCAUGGCAACAACAGGCUCCACCCCCACCUCCUACCAGCAGCAUGGCAACAAGUACCCCACUACCGUGGCAACAAAACACCACCACCACAUCCAGCCCUGGAACCGGGACCCUGCCUCCGUGGCAGCAGCCACAGCAGCCGGCAACCGCAGCAGCCCAGCCACCACUACCCAUGGGAUCCCCAUCCAUGGUGCCACCUCCCCCUGGUGUACAACCCCCUCUGCCUCCGGGUGCCCCUCCUCCUCCACCACCUCCACCUCCUGGAUCAGCUGGCAUGAUGUAUGCCCCUCCCCCUCCCCCACCACCCAUGGACCAUUCUAAUUUUGUUACCAUGAUGGGGAUGGGAGUACCUGCCAUGCCACCGUUCGGCAUACCUCCCGCCCCCCCUCCACCUCCCCCACAGAAUUAAUCCUGUCCGACGGGAAUGGUUUUCGCGCCCUACAGAACAUUGUACACCAGCUACCUGAUGCUACACACAAGCGUGUUCGUGUACUCGCUGGAGGCGGACAUGAGCAGUCCUUUCAUUACGUUGGUUUCUCUUCUAGCUACAACCUCGCUGAAAAUAAGAAACAAGGCUCUGUUAGUUCAGAUUGUGAAGUUGUGUAUUUUAGUUUUCCCUAGUUAUAAGUUUUAUAAACACAUCUUUGUGGGUUAAACACAACUUGGGUGUUUGUGUCAGAAUUGCGAUUAUUUGUCAUGGAAAAUAAAGAAGUCACUGAAACAUUGAUCCCUGAUUUUGGUUUCUGUUUAAAAAAAUCUCACCAAUCAGACCCAAAUGAUUAACGUUAAUUGGGUUUAUUCAGUGUAUGCUCACCUUGCAUGAUACACAUGUAUGCCUCAGAUUUCUUUUGGGUGGUUGAUGUGACAAAUUUAUACUGUUUGGUGUCUUGGUUUUGAGCUGACUAAGAAAUAUUUUUGUAUGAAGUCGUGUGUGUUAGUUCUAAAAUUGGUUAAAACAUACUUUGAGGUUUUUUCCUAGCCUGCAUCUCAGUUUUAAGGUGGUUUGAUGUAGCAACCUGCUAACUUCUGCUCACCCACAACCCUGCUGAGAAUAAUCUCGUCGUCUUUUGUAUGUUAGACACUGCCUGCAGUGUGUUUGUUGCUUCUGCAAAAAUAAACCUUUUUUUUUUCUUUCAUACUA